AUCCUAAAAUUUUGGCGCGCACAACACACUCUUUACCGCACAACCUCCAGAGAAAAGCGAAAAGAGCUAUGAAUUGAAUACGCAGAGCAGGAAGUUACGAUAAAUUUCAAACGAAGCCGGAAUCCUUGCUCCAUCAUGCUAUCUACUACUGGUCUCAAUCUUCCACCAUCUGCUAAUUAAUCAUCCAGGUAAUGUACGCACACUUAUUCUAAAGUUAAAUUGAGUUUAGCAUAGCCAGCUUUUGAUGGAGUUGACCCAGGCACAUGAAAUUGAAUAGUUGAAAUUUUCUUGGGGGAGCCGGCCAGGGAUUGGUAAUUCCUAGGAGCAGAGCCUCAUAGGAAACGUAUUACUAAUUCUCUUUUUUAAUUCUAAUUCGUAAGUUCUAAUUCCAAAUCUGUAAUUUCCAAAUCCGUAUUACUAAUUCUCUUUUUCAAUUCUAAUUCGUAAGUUCCCAUUCCAAAUCUGUAAUUUCCAAAUCCAUAUAUAUGACCCUAUUUCGUUAUUUUUAUUUUGUGGUUUAAUGCGUAGUGACCAAGUGAGGACAAAGUAAUUGCUUUAUUAGUUAUUAGCACUUCUUUAUAGCAUGAUAUGGCAUCUACAUAAUUACCCUGUUGUUUGUAUAUUAUGGCUAAAUUAUUAAAAGGAGUAGAGAACCUCGUUAUCACAUAGGAUCAAUCCUGAGUACUUCAUUAUAGCAAUAUAGCAUGAUAUGACAUCUACAUAAUUGCCUUGUUUGUAUAUUUAGUGCAUUUUUAUUCAGUUUGAUUGGUUAAAUAAUUGUAUCAAACGAAAAUCUGUUUAGUUAUAUAAUUCAUCUCUUUGUUAUUUAGUUAUGUUAUGUAGAUAGUUGUUUAGAAACUAAUCGUUUAGUUUGUGUUCUUUUUACGAAUUGAUAUGCUUGGAAAUUAAUAUGAGUGUUGGGUGUUUCAUCCAAUCUGUUUAGUAAUUAGUAGUGAUGCUUUAUAACUAUUUAAUCUUGAUAAUACGUUGAAGAUAAUUUUACUAAACAAAAGAUGCGGACACGUGGAGGACGUGCUUUGUGUGCACGGGAGAGUCGUGCACCUCAAAGUAGAGGUAGAGAUAGGAGUAGCUUAUCUUCACCCUCAAGUCCUAUGGUUGGAAGUCAAUAUUCAAGUGGAGAGGGAAGUAGACCUCUUGUCCCAAGUACUCCUACAUCACCGCAUUCAUCAAAUGGGGAGCAACCCCAAGAGACGGACGUCACACCAUUUCCCUUGCACGAAAUGCAUUGCCGCAAAACGCAUACAGAAAUUAAGGCGAUCAUGAAAUCUCGCUUUAGCGGCCCUUGGAGGUCAUAUCGGAACGUGCCUGAAACAGAGAGAGAUCACUGGUUUGAUGAAUUCAGGUUGACUCAUCCAUUUGCGGACUCGGCAAAAAAGAAAUUCAGAAAGCUUUUUGACAAAUAUGGUAGCCAAGGUCUCAAGAAAAUGUUGCAAACAGCACGAGAGGAAAAUGUGCCACCAGAAUAUAUCGCUGAGAAUGAUUUUAAAGAUCUCCAGACAUAUUGGGCCUCUCCGGAGUUCAAAAAGCUUAGCGCUAAGGGAAAAAAAGCUCGAUCAUCAGAAUCAUGCAAAAACAACCCAUACUGUGGAGGGUCAAUCACUACUGCUGAUCAUAAGAAAAGAUUGAGGAAAAUACUUGGUAGGAGGAUUUUCAUGCGAGAGUUGUAUGGUGUCACAUGGAAGAGGAAAAAAACUCGUGAAUGGAGUGGGCCGAGGAUACAGGCAUGCUAUGAAAAUUUUAUAGCUGCUAGACAAAAAGCAAGAGAUGAGGUCAAUGAUGAAUCACAACCUAUAGACGAGGAUGAAAUUUUUAUGGAGCAUUUUGGACCUCCCCAAUGUGGUAAGAUUUUGGGGUUAGGGAGUCUUUCUAGCGAGGUUCAAACCAAAUUUCGAGGCGACACAUCUACCUCCUCCAUACAUUGUGAGAAUUUAGAGGAACUCAUUGAUAAUCGCAUCAAAGUGGCACUUACUACUAGCGUUCGGGAGUGCAUAGAAGCCUCGGUGCAAACUGUAGUUCGAGCAGCUAUUGAAGAAAAUGAUAGGACAUGGAUGGCUCGUUUUGCUGAGUAUCGUAACUCUUUGGCCUUGCAAAACUCCGGACUUCCUACUCAAAGUACUCUAGCUCCAAGUACUUCCAUAUUUCCUUUCCAACAAUUCCCGUUCUCACAAAUGGCACCACAAGGGCAGUCUUUUCAAAAUGGCGCAAUGAGUUUUACCGACUGGAUGAAUUUUGGCUCAUCAAUGUUGUCGCCACCGUCUAGAAAUUAGUUUUAGAUAUAUUUUUUUCUUUUCAUUUAUGCAGCUUUGAAUUAUUGUAUAUUUGUAAUUGUUAAAACAAUUUGUUUUUUAUGGCUGGAGACAUAUAUUUAAUACGGAGUAUAAUAUAUGCUUGAUUCAAUUA